AACAUACUAAGAUGGAUUUCUUUAACUACGGUCUCUUUAUAGGGAUUUAGACUUGCAGAGCUUCAGGGCUGCUUUUUUCAGGCUCGAGAAAGAGAAGGACACACAAAGAUAGAAACAAGGAGACUGGCAUCCAUACAGUCAGACAGUCACAGACAGAGAUAUACUUAACAAUUCGUUCCUGUUAUCGACCAUGAUUAUCUUCGUAUUGAUUGUAUACUUAAACCCCUGAAUAUUGCUACAACCAAUAUCACCCUUUUCUAGGAAGCCUGUAACAGUAGUAAUAACGCAAUAUGUAUAUGAUAAGGUUAACGAUAUGCUAAAAUUAACCUUUGAUAACCGCGACAUUAUGUCAACAUUAUGAACGAUUGUCAGAAAGACAAGUGUAGACCAGUUGGAAUUACCAGAUAGCUGUAAGUCUAUACCAAAACAAGAUGGCGGAGCAGAUCGUCUCCUGGCUUUUGGACAAGGGCGCCAGUAUCCUGUCCGAUGACCAAGAGGAAAACUCGGACGUCUUGCUGAAAGCGAUCAAAGAUGGCGACCUUAACAUUGUUAAUCUAACCCUCGGGGUUGUCUCGGACAUGAAUAAAAUGAAAUUCGAGGGAGAGUCUCUUCUUAGCAUCGCGGCUUUUAGCGGACAAACUGCCGUGGCAAAGGUCCUUGUCAGUAAAGGGGCCGAUAUUGAGGGGAUGGACGAGGAUGGGCUGACACCGUUGCAUGUAGCUUCGAGAGAAGGACAUUUAGAGGUAGUUCGGUUUCUCGUCUCGAAAGAGGGAGAUGUCAAUCGACAAACCUACGAUGGGAUGACUCCACUUGCAAUGGCAGCAAAACGAGGACAUCUAGAUGUUCUAAAGUUCAUUGUCGGCCAAGAUGUCGAGAUUGACAAGGCCGACAAGGGUGGAAGAUCACCCCUUCUCUGGGCAAGCGCUCGAGGGCAUCUAUCAACAGUCAAUUAUCUUCUUCACGUAGGGGCAGAUCCGAACAGCGCUAAGAAGAAUGGCUGGACGUCCAUGCAUUAUUCCAUCUUCUACGACCAUCUGGACGUCCUCAAGAGUCUUGUAAAUGCAGGAGCUGACGUCAACAUGCCAGACCAAGAUGGGACCACGCCUCUUCAUGUUGCUUGCUACAACGGUCGUAUACAAAUGCUGAAGUAUUUGCUGAGCAACGGAGCUGAUCUUCACAAAACUGAGUUCGAUGGGACGUCAGUGCUCCACUCUGCUGCUUCUCAAGGUCACCAAAUUAUUGUCAGUUAUAUUCUACGACAAAAAGAGGGUAGGGAGCUCGCGAACAGACCAGACGCACGAGGGGAAACACCUCUGCACGUCGCCACCUCUGAAGGUUCGACCUCUAUCAUUGAUGUCCUGGUUUCCAAUGGAGGUGACCUGAAUGCCCAGACGUACGGAGGACAGACCUGCUUACAUCUUGCUGCUACAGAACUCCGUGAAGGAUCUACCGAGAUUGAAGUCACCAAGGAACUGUCAAAGUUGAUGACCGGAAGUUCAAAGGAUACCCUCGCACCAGUCGAGGCUUUUAUGAAGCAUUUGAUUCAGAAGGGUGCUGACGUGAACAUUCCAGAUAAAGCUUCCAAAAAUCCUCUGGAUUAUUUAUCACGCAGGAUGGCUAAUUUGCUGGUUGGGGAACAGAGCCGAGCACAAGACGGGCGCCCUCCAGGAGGUGCUAAGGUUGACCAGACAGCAAAAAGAAAGGCUGGUUCGUCAAGAUCAUCAUCCACAUUGAACGAAGUGGUCUUAUACCAGCUGUCUGAAAACAUCCCGAAUGAGUCAGUCCUGGCACUAGGUCUUAAAUUAGGAAUCGCCCAAGCAAUGGUCAAACGGUUUGAGCACACAAAUCAUAAAGGCUCUGAAGUGACAUGCUUAGGAACAAAUGCCAUGCUUUACCAUUGGUUCAAUAACACGACAAGUGUAGAGGGACUACCAACACUCAAAAGCGCCCUUCAGAAAUCGGGUUUAGCCAGACUGGCGGAGGAACAUCUCCCAGAAGGGAAAACAAAUUAAAACUUGUCAAACUAGCCGAUCCACCUGACACUUUCCUUCAUAUUGAAGUAGCAAGAUUAAAGUGGUCAAAAUGUAGAUUGGACAUCCCAAUUUGUACAUGUUGUAGUGGACGUCGUAUUCUUAAUAACUCCAGGUCAGAAUGACCGGGUGACCCAGAAAUCAGUCAAUUUGUAAGGAUUAAAACGGAAUCGUCGUUGCAUUAAAUUUUGAACAUCUAAAUUUAUUCUGGAUUACUUUUUAACCGAGAUGAUAUGUGGGCCCAACCGGAUGAAAUCCGGUCCGUCUCUUAAGAUUAUUUCAAAAUUGUUCAAGUAAAAACUCCUUUUCACACCAUUCGUUUCAAAUAAGAUGAUUUGUAUUAUAUCUGCUUUGCAGGGCACAUAUUCUAGCAAUGCCAGACGAAAAACGCGACGGGGUUGUUCACAUUCCUGUCAUUAUUCCAGUGGAUUUUGUGAUGGAUAUUAUAUGCAACAAAAUUCUAAAUAGUUUACGGUCAGUGCUGCGAACAAAAUAUUUAUCCAUGACCUGAUGAUAGUUGGUUAUUUAUACGUCGCAAUAAUUUAUUGUUUGCAAGUACUGGUCUUAUGCCUAUAUUGUAAUCAAAUAUCGAAGAGUUUAAAAGAACGUGAUUGGUGUAAACUCAGGCUUUUCUGUCUGCUUAUUACAUGUUUUGAUACUAGCUAUUUUUUGUUAAUUAUGGUAUGUAGAUCAGAUGUUAAGAUUUAUUUUCAGUUACCCUGUAUAUUAGAAACUAUUAAGGUCUUGGUAGUUUUUGUCGACGAAGGGAUAUAUUAAAACACUAAUUGCUUUCAACAAGGCAAACAUGCAUAAGUAUAUUUUGCAUUUUCACG